AUGUCGCCGCACAAGCCGUUUCUCGAUUACCUAUAUCUAUUUAUAGUAGUUCUCCAUUUGACUGCUAUGCUAGGCGUCGAUUUUGUUCCAUUCUAUCCGCAGUCUCUAUGUCAACCUCGUGGCUCGCCAUUCCACUUUCUUGUCGCCUAUCGUCAGUGGUACAUCACAACAAUGUCUGAUCCUUAUUAUAACCUUGACAUUCCUGGGCACUUCUUCGAAUUCCUAGUCUAUGUUGAGCUUGUUGUGCAGUUCCCUCUAGCACUGUAUCUCACCCACGCACUGUUAACCAAACAGCGGAUCUCUGGUUCUGGGGAGCUUGCAGCCGUCGUCUACGGUGCAGUGACGGGCCUUUGCACGGCUAUAGUUUGCAACGAUAUGUGGCAUCUGGGCCCAGAGGUUAUCACUCAUGAGGCCAAGCAAACUCUGCUGUUUGGGGCAUAUCUGCCAUAUGCCGUGAUUCCCAGCGACCUUGAUGUCAUUGGAAAUGCAAAAGCGGCUGCUAGCCCGGCUUCAUAG